AAAAGGUUAUGACAAUGGAAUUGCUUGAAAAUGAGCUGAACCCAGAAAGAUUCAGUAUGUGGGUUUUGCAGAGCACCAAGAAUUUGAUCGUACUCUUUCACUGUCCUCUAUAUAUAAUUCAUCAUCGCUAUUCCUGCUCACUUCUUUUACACAAGGGUGGUCAAAUCUCAUUGAUCAAAUUUGGCUUCGAGUUUGGGCUGGAAAUGAAUUCACCCACCAUGCUGAGCUGUCCCAGUUGGACCACCAAGAAAAUUGGCCCAUUAUAUCCCUGUGAACCAACCAACCGUAUCUUCCACCGGUCCAUGACCACCACAAAUUCCAACCAAAUUCAUACAUAUCAAUAUCACGCAAAUAAUUAUAAUACAACCGCCACGGUUGUCAUUUCUCUUUAGCCCUUUGUAAAUAAGGAACAAUGCUUCUACGUGGCAUAAUCUCCACGCCUCUCCCGUCCUCUCUCCGCCUCAAAACCCCAGCCCGCCACAAAACCGUCGCCGUUUCAGCUCAUACCUCAACCGACACCAAGACCACCAACUACUCCAUCUCCGACCAAGCCCUGGAGUCCCGGGGCUUCAUCCUCCGCCGCACGAUCGACGACCUCAACCUCGACCACCUCAACACCGUGUUCGUGGCGGUCGGGUUCCCGAAGCGCGACCCGCAGAAGAUAAAGCUCGCUCUCGAGCACACCGAGUCGCUGUUGUGGAUCCAGUACAACAAGACGCAGAGGCCCGUGGCGUUUGCUAGGGCGACGGGUGACGGCGUCUUCAACGCGAUCAUAUGGGACGUGGUGGUGGACCCCUCUUUCCAGGGGAUUGGUUUAGGGAAGGCUGUGAUGGAGAGGUUGUUAGAUGAGCUGUCAUCCAAAGGGAUUUGUAAUAUUGCACUCUAUUCGGAGCCCCGCGUUCUCGGGUUCUAUAGGCCCUUGGGGUUUGUGGCGGAUCCGGAUGGGAUCCGGGGAAUGGUGUACUCCAGAAAACAGAAAAAAAGAAAAUAGUAAAUUGUUUUUUCGGUUGUAUUUUCUUACCAUCGCUAACACAAUGUCAUUACUUAGGGUGGGUGCGUUUAGGAAUGCGAUUUCGCAAAAAUAAUCUACGAUUUUAAAAGACAUCAAAACAUGUAAGACACUUGACAAUGCAAU